CACAUGAUAGAAGGCUUGGUCAAUUUCGAAAUCUUCGUCAUAAUUUUGAAAUUCUACCAUUUUAUAUAAAUAUCAUCAAAUUAAAAGUGGGAGAUAAUACACCAUGAAGUUAUUAACAUUGAUAAGUGUGAUAAUUGCGAUUCUUUUUCAGUUUAUAUUUGGUAUUGAUACCUUAUCAAAUAGCAUAGGGUCAGAUUAUUCCUGUUUUUCUGGAUACCAUCAUUGUAGCGGAACAAUAUGGUGUUGCAAAGAUGGAUAUGUAUGUACAGGGACUGCAACCUGUCUCAGUAUCGCAGCCAUUGUUGGUAUAUCAAUAGGUUGCUUGGUUAGCUUUGGAGUCUUUGUUGCCUUGAUUUGUGUGUGCUACUGCAGAUCUAGAGGACGCAGAGCAAACACUAAUGGAACAGUGAUGCAGCCACAAGGUGCCUCAGUUGGACAACAAGGGUAUCCACAAACAGCUUAUCCACAGGCCAAUUACAAUGCACCUCCUAAAUAAACAUUAUGACAAAGAAGGCUACUACAUAUAUAUACAUAUAUAUAAACAUUUAGUUUUAUAGAUUGUACUUCACCAUGAUAUAUAUUUAUAUAGUUUUAUAAGUUUAUAGAUUGUGCAUCACCAUGUUAUAUACCAUUAAACAUUUACAUCGACGGAGUUUGUUUAUAGUUUUAUAAGGCGAUAAUCAGCCUAUCAAAAUACAAUAUCUUAGACCGGAAACCAGUGAUUAGGAUUAUAUACAGAAAUAGUUUGGAAAAAACAGGUUCAUUUGUGCCAUUUGGACUCAUUCUUCUUUAAUUUUUGAUUUUUCAACAAAAGUAUGUGUCAAAGAGGACUAUUCGUUUUUAUACGCCUGUCUAAGUCCGUCUAAAACGGGACGUAUUAUGGUAUGCAAUGUCCGUCGUACCGUUCGUCGUCCAAUAGUUCGUCCAAUUAUUACUAAAAAAGCUUCCACCAAAUUUUUAAAACUUUGUUGAACUGUAUAUAUUAAUUGACGUAAGCUCUCUUUCGAAUUUUAUAAAUUUCAGAUUUUUCGUUUCCAUGUUAUAGUUUUAUCCUUUUAAAAAAGGGAAUUUUCCAGUUUUCGGACAAUACCUAAAAAGAGCUUCCAUCAACUUUAAUGACACAUUGGUGGAUUGUUUAUAUCUUUUGAAGUUUGCUCCAUUUCGAUUUUUAUAAAUUUCAGAUUUUCACGUUUCCGUGUUAUGAAUAUUUAUGCUGAAAAAAGGGGGAUUUUUCCAGUUUUCGGACUAUCACUCAUAAACGCUUUCACAAAAUUUUAUGAAACUUUGGUGAAAUGUUUAUAUCUGUUGACUUAAGCUACCUUUCAAUUUUUAUAAAUUUCAGAUUUUACGGUGUCCUCAUAGUAGAUACAUGAC